AUGAACAUUUUGAUCGUUGGAUCAGGCAUUGCCGGAACAACCUUGACCUACUGGCUCUCUCACAGUGCUGAAAACACCAUCACCAUUAUUGAAAAAUCCCCCUCGCUCUUACCGCAUGGCCAAAACGUCGACAUCCAAGGCAGCGCUGUAACCUGCAUCAAGAAGAUGGGUCUGAUGCCACAAGUCCAGCUAUACAACACAAAAGAGCUUGGUACCCAAUUCAUUGACUCACACGGAAAUCCCUUUGCACCUUUCCCUAUCAAAGAAGGAAGUUCAGCAAGCCUAACAUCCGAGUACGAAAUCCUACGCGGCGACCUCGCAAAGAUCCUAUACGAAGCAACACAAUUCCAUUCCAAAGUGACCUAUCUAUUCAAAACAACAAUCACGCAAAUCCUUGAAAACAACUCCUCAGGCGUAAAAGUAUCUCUCAGCGACAACACAAUACGCACCUACGACCUCGUCAUUGCAGCAGACGGUCAAUGGUCCAAAACACGCAGUCUGAUCUUCCCGCCCCAAGACGUCAGGAUAACGUAUCAGGGCAUGUACGCCGUUUAUUUCAUCGUGCCACGACUUGCAUCCGAUACAGCAUGGUGGAAUAUCUUCGUCGCACAGGGUUCGCGUACUAUUUCCACGCGUCCGGAUCCACAUGGUACUCUUCGCGCGAUGUUUACUUUCAUGCCAUAUACCCCUACUCAAAAGACUCGGUGGGCUGAAGCUAGUAGACUGGGAAGGAGCGCACAGAAGGAACUUGUCCGCGAGGAAUUUGCAGACGCAGGUUGGAUCAGUGACAGACUUCUUGAUGACAUGGCCUCAGCACCGGACUUUUACUUCCACGCCAUCAAUCAAGUUAAGAUGGAGCGGUGGAGUCGCAAUCGCGUGGUUUGCCUGGGUGAUGCGGCGUUUUGUCCUAGUCCGUUGACAGGAAUGGGCACGUCGCUUGCAGUGCUGGGAGCGUUUGUUUUGGCGGGGGAGUUGAGCUGUAUGGAUUUUCCCUCGUCUUCGGCUUCGACUUCAGAUUCGUUUAAUGCCCUUAUUAGUGCGCUUGCGAGUUACGAAGAGAGGUUUCGACCGUUUGUUGAGCAGAGUCAGGAAAUCCCGCCUUUUGUACCGGAAAUUAUGCACCCAGGCUCGGCGUGGAAGAGAAUGGUGUUGCAUGGAUUCUUGACAAUGGUAUCGAAGGUUGCGAGGUGGGAAUGGGUCGGUCGGUGGAUGGGGGAUGCGGAGAGCAGGGACGAUGGGUUCAAGUUACCAGUAUACGCGGUGUCCGAAGAGAACAGUGAGAAAUUAGACAAGACGGAUCGUGAGAAAGAAAGGAGAUGA